ACCGCUCCCUCCAUCGGGCAAACAAGACCUCCAUCUCCUCCUCCAGCAAGAGACAAACACCAUGGCUGCUUUGCUCUCGAAUCAAGCCGCAGCCCUCCUCGUCCUCCUAUGUUAUAUCGGGCCGUCCGCCGCGGUGCUGUUCUCCUCCCUUCCGCAGACUCUCAGAGUCACAGCAUCCCCGAGUCCAGGCCAAGUGUUGCACGCCGGCGUCGAUGAGAUCACGGUGACUUGGGCGCUAAACCAGAGCCUGCCGGCGGGGACCGACUCGGGAUACAAGAAGGUGAAGGUGACCCUGUGCUAUGCUCCGGUGAGCCAGACCGACCGCGGGUGGCGCAAGACGGAUGACCACCUCAAGAAGGACAAGACGUGCCAGUUCAAGAUGGCCACCCGCCCCUACGCGGCCACCGGCACCGUCACGUACACCGUGGAGCGCAACAUCCCCACGGCGACCUUCUUCGUGCGGGCCUACGUGCUGGACGCCUCCGACACGGAGGUAGCCUACGGGCAGAGUACCGACCCCAAGAAGACCACCAACCUGUUCGACAUCGCGGGGAUCACGGGCCGGCACGCGUCGCUGGACAUAGCCGCGGCGUGCUUCUCCGCCUUCUCCGUCGUCGCCCUCGCCUUCUUCUUCGUGAUCGAGAAGAGGAAGGCGAAGAAGUAGGGAUGGUUCUCCUUGCACAGAGAAGAAUAGGAUCCUCUUCUUCGACGGGUCUCCUGGUUUGCCGAGUGGUGGUAGGGUUGUAGCGGAAGUCUACGUGUGUCGACAUGUUUGAUGUGGUCUUCUUGCAGGUCUCGAUGAUUGCCUAACUAAUAAAUGAAACUCUACGUGUGUU